AUGAGCGACAACAUUGAAGCAUCACCGGCAGCGGCUGACACUGCCAGCGGCCAUGAGGUCGCUCUCAAAGGGCAAGUCGCUGAUGAAGGCUAUGAUAUUUUUGAGGAAGGCAUCGCGCAGUCCGUGCCGCAGGAUAUUGCCAAUGCUGUCAGGCGCAAGAUUGAUCGCCAUCUUUUAGCAUUGAUGUGCUUGCUGUAUGGCCUCAACUAUGUCGACAAAGUUGCAAUGGGAUGGGCAGUAUUGUUCGACUUCCGCAAAGACCUUGGUCUGGUGGGAGAUGAAUAUUCAUGGGCCAGCUCCAUGUUUUACUUCGGAUACCUUGCCGCGCAAUACCCUGCCAACUAUAUGCUUCAGAGAUAUAAGACAGUCCGGAUUCUCAGCUCUGCCGUGAUUAUUUGGGGUGUGCUAAUGCUUGCCCAUCUUGGCCUGCGAAACUUUGCCGGACUGAUGGUAGUCCGCUUCCUCCUCGGUGUAGCUGAAUCGGUUGUAACUCCUGGCAUUCUGCUGUAUACUUCUAUCUGGUACACCCGAAAGGAACAGGUCUUGCGUACGAUGCUGUGGGCUGCUAUGCAAGGGGCAUUUUCCAUUGUUUGCAGCUUGUUGUCUUUCGGCCUGGGUCAUAUUACCAACACCGCCUUGAGGCCUUGGAUGUACAUCUUCCUAGUCUUGGGCAUUCUCAGCAUCUUGGUAGGCGUCCUCUGGAUCAUUUUUAUGCCGGAAACCCCCAACAAGGCCAAGUUUCUCACACACGAGGAACAAGUCAUUGCCGUACAGCGUGUUGCGCAGAACAUGACAGGCAUCAAAGGGUAUGAAUGGAAGCACUACCAGAUGUGGCAUGCAGUAAUCGAUGUCAAGACUUGGCUGGUACUGUCAUUUGUUCUCUUCACUCAACUCCCUAAUGGCGGUCUCACAUCAUUCGGAAGCCUGGUUAUCUCAGGGUUCGGCUUUGACGCGUUCCGAACACUGCUCAUUGGCCUUCCUUCAUCCGUUGUCAGUGCGGGGAGCAUGAUUGUUUGGGGAACCAUUUCAAUUAAGUAUGGAAAUCUCCGAACAUGGGGCAUGAUCAUACCUCUGCUACCUGCGAUUGCAGGAAUCGCGGCUGUCUAUGCUACUAUGGAUACGGGGGCAAACAAGUACGGGCGGGUAGUUGCAUACUGGCUGAUCAACUCGUAUGCUGUAACAUGGCCAUUUGUCUUGACUAUUGUCGGUCAAAAUGUCGCAGGCCAUACCAAGCGGGCAUUUACUAACACCAUGCUCCUAAUGGUCUUCGCUGCUGGAAAUAUCGCUGGUCCAUUCUUUUUCCGCAGUCAAGACGCCCCAAAGUACGUUCUUGCUAUUGCGGUAGUUUUGGUCUGUUUCUGCGCGGCACUUUUGACUGCGAUCGUCUUACGAUUGUACAUGGCUUGGCAAAAUAGGCGCCGGGAUAGCAAGUACGGUAACGUUGAUGGGGUCGAGAAGGUUGACGGGAUGAGGCUUGGAAUGCACGACAAGACAGACUUGGAGAAUUUGGAUUUCAGAUACGUUCUCUGA